CUCGACUAGGGGCAGGGACGGGGUAAGGGUGGCGGUUGUGGAUGGGACAGGGGCAGUGGCGACGGAUGGGGCAGCGAUGGUGGCUGGGGACGGGUAGGGGUAGCGGUGGUGGCUGGGGACGGGCAGGGGUGGCGGUGGUGGCUGGGGACGGGAAGGGGUGGCGGUGGCAAGCCGUUGUUGCUGGUGGUUGGGCGCUGGAAAAUUUCCCCACAUUGACGGCGGCCGGAGUAUAUUCCGGUGGGCGAUGUCACUGGAAAAUCCGGUGUCACUAUGGCGGCGUCACUGCGGUGGUGUCAUCGGGGCGGCGUCACUGCGGUGGUGUAACUGGCGUGAAAAAAUCCGGGGACUAUUCUUAGUGACAUGAAAAAAACGCAGUGACAAAGUUUUGUAGGGACAUCAUGUUUUCCGUAUAUAUAACCUUGUUGAUCACUUUUUUGCCCAUUUUUAAAAGUGCUCACAUUUUUUGAAUUUCUGUUUAAAUCGGUAAUAUUAAGGUAAAAACCCCUUUUAUAAUAACAUUUAUUGUUAUCGGGAUAUUAAAAAAUUUGACUGGUCGGUUAUAACUUAUUCAGGAAAAAAAAUUAGUUUAAGAUGUAGUGUAUUCUCAAGAAAAAACUACAUGGAUAUUAUUUUUUAAAAUGUGGUGGACGAAAAUAUUACUUAGUACCUAAUAGUGGCUAUAAUUGUGUUUAAAAUUUAUAUUAUAGUAACUAAAUGUAAGUUACUGUAAUGGAAAUUUUGUACACAAUUAUCGUCAUUAAUAGUUAGUAAGUUACAUUUUUAUUAGUAAUAUUUAAGGAAAAAUCUAUAUUCUUAAAUGAAAUGCUCCCGGUGACGACGAUGAAUGUGUGAAGAUAUUUUUUGUAUUGGCAAAAUGUGUGAAGAUUAUUUAAAAACAAAGAGCAAUGCUUUUGUUCAUUUUAUUGCAUUUUUCAAUUCUGGGACUAUGCAUUUAAUGAUUAAGUAUUCUUGUCCAUGUUAUUUAACUUUAUUAAUUAAAGGGAAAAAUAAUAAAAAUAUUCCAAAUUAUGAAGAGAUGUGAGGUCAACACCCCAAAUUUGCAUAUGUAAAUAUAGAUACUCCAAACUUUAUAUAAAAUUCAUUUUCGCACCAUGAUCAUUAUUCUUUCUUUCAAAAAUGUAUAUUUAUGAGGUUAAUUGCAUAAUUUAAAUGAGCAAAUUAAAAGUGUUGCAAUUAUAUAGAUUGGGGGUAACAUUAUUUAUUUCGUAAUAGAAUUUUAGAAUGUUGAUUGUGUCUUCAUGAAUUCUAAAACAUUAAUUUUAAAUUAAGCAAUUAACAUCAUACAUCUACAUUUUGAAAGAAAUAAUACUUGAUCAUGUUGCUAAAAUAACAUUUUACAUAAAGUUUGGAGUACUUAGAUUACAUAUGCAAGUUUGGAGUAGAUUUUUUUCUUUCAAUAGAAUCUUAGGGCUCGUUUGGUAGUUUAUGCGUUAAAUAUUUUCACACAAAAUGAUUGUAUGCAACGUUAAGGAAAAUGAUUACUUUCCAUAUAAAAUAGAUUACAUUAUUUGGCUAAAUGUGUACUUUAUUUAAUUUGCACACAAAGGCGUUGCGAUGCUUUAAAGAACAUGCAAACUAUUUUACCCCCAUGUAAAAUACUUUAAAUGGUUUAAAGAACAUGCAAACUAUUUUACCCCCAUGUAAAAUACUUUAAAUGGUACGAUCCGAAAUAUUUUUAAAAAGUCUCAUACAGUUUAAUUACAUUAAAUAAUCAAUCCAAGCAAUGCAAAUAUUUUACAUUCCCACACUUCACAUGUAAAGUAAUUAUUAUACAUCCUACCAAACGUCUUCUUAAGCUCAUCUCCCUUUCUAGUAAACUUGAUGCAUUGACAAAAAACAAUGUGCACUCUUCACAUUGAUAUGGACGAAUUUGGAAGGUCAACAUUGUUAUUCCCCUUUGGUUGACUCUCAAAUUGGGAGGUCUAUAGCCAACGAUCCAUGCUUUAAAUGUUCUUCUCACCAAUUCCGAUGUUCUGGCAAAGUGUAUGUUGGCGAAUGAAGUAUGAUCGGUACAUAAAUAGGAACAAUGAUGACCAAACAGCAUGCAUGUUUGGUUCUGCCCUUGAUCGCACCGAGCAUUACGCUGUCCGGAGAUCGGGAGUGUUUUGUGCUUAGGCUAUGGAUGAAGGUAGGGUUGUGCAUUAACCGGGUCGGAUCAGAUAUUAGACCUGAACCGGAUCGGAGUGGAUCGGUCCAGCCCGGUAUUAACAGGUCCGAAUUUCGGUCAAAAGAUUUUCAAGGUUUUGGGUUCUAUAGAAAAUACAGGUCUGGAUCGAUGGUCCGUUAAAUUAUUAGGCCGUAAAAAUGUACUUCUUUCAUUAGAUAUAUGAACGGAGUAUAUAUUUACAAUAGAAAUUGUUCUAAACAGGAGUAAAAAUGUUUUGAAAUUUCAAAAUAGGACUUUCACGUUUUUAUUCUCUAAAUAGGAGUAAUUCUAUCAAGUUUGGAAAAAAUGUUAUGUUUAAAGUCAGUAAUGCCAAACUUGACAGAAAUUUACUCCUAUUCAAGGAAUAAAAAACAUUAUAGUUCUAUUUUGAAAUUUCAAAACUUUACACCUAUUUAGGGAAUUCUCUCUAUUUGCAAUUAGGGAAUUAUGUUGACCUAUACUAAGAAACCUUAUACCGAUCAAGGAGCAUUAACAUUUUAUUUCAUUCUGUUUUUUGAAGUUGGUGCAAUAUGUUUUGUUUUUACAAGAUCG